CCCGAUGUGCCCAGUCGUUAUGAAGUGAACAAUCCACGAGGGUGUCCUGAGUCGUUGUACAGCACAGCUCACUGACCGCUCUCUGUAGAGAUUCCAGAACGCAGGCUAAGCAAUCCGAAGUGGUCGCCGCUGCUGUAUAUGUGAGGCUCGAGGGCUUAGAAAAGGCAAAGCUUCCCCUCACUGUGUCGCGAGCUCAGCUAUCAUUCCUGUCCUCUCAACACCUGUUCCUGUCUAUCGGUUCGCCUGAUAGUGCUUCCCAUUGCCCGCCGCCUUCCGAAGCUUGCUGACGCCCGCAUCUCUGCGUCACUGAAACCUUAUCGUCUCAUAAUCUACCACUAAUUGCUUGUAUUGCUUCUUUCACAUACUACUACUUGUUCCUCUCCGCGCGCACUUGCGUUUCGUUCACACCAACUCCCCAUACCUCAACACUACACACAUCUUCGCAAUGGCCGCCUCAAAACCUAGCGUUCGCCUCAUCAGCGCCCUCGCCGGCCCCCGCCUUCUGGGCCCUCGUCUCACAGUCCGCCAACUGUCAAUGACAGGUUCGACUGCCUCUUCGUCGCUCCUCACAACCGACAAGCCCUAUGCCUCAAAUCGCUCAGCGGGACCCAUCCGCCUUCACGGCGAGCAGACCAUCCCAGUCCCCGAGGCUACCGAGACUGGCAACAAAGUCCGUCGCUUCAACACAUCGAGGAGUUUGAAGUCCGUUGGCGAUUCCAGUACGUUGGACUUCAUGCACUUCCCGGAGUUCGACCUGGAGAGCCGAAGUGCGCCAAUGGGCAUCAGAGUCCCUAUCAUCCCAUGGGCCAACGUUGCCAGCCGCAGUGCUGAGAGCGAGGAUUCCAUCCCCAUGCAGCCCACAAUCUACACCGUCUCCGCUGACGGCACCCACAUCCACUCCCCUUCCGCAAUGGCUGAAGUGACCGACACAAACCAGUCUGGCUACCAGGGCAUCGCUGAGGCUGUCGCCAACAAAUUCACCUCUACCCGCGAGGAGGGUGAGGGUAUGGUAAAGCAGAUCUGGAAUGACCUCAUGGAGGAUCUCGCUGAUCUUGCGAGUGGCUCAAAGCGCGGCUCUAACAAGGCUUAAGUGGGUUGUACAUACGCUGUCAUGACUGCCGUCGGCGAACGGCGGUUUUGGUGGUUACGUGGGCUUCAGACUGUACUGGACUUCCGAUGGCUAUCGGGUGGGUCUAGGGUGUUUGGUCAAAGCAUAUUUUUGCUUUCUUGGUACUGUGGAAUGGAAGGGUCUAGCGCGAAGUGCUCGGGCUUAUGAGAUCACGAAAUACAUUUUAAUCGCUCUUUGA